AUGGCGCGACAUGUAACAGCGCUGAUAGAGGAGCGUGCUGCUGAUCACCAUGGAACGCGUGAGGCCUACUUCUUGAGCUACGGAGUCCAAGCGCAAUCCAUUCUGCACCACGGAGGUAGUGCGGGAUGGCAGGCGACAGACCUUCCUGUGAGAAUCCACAUGCAGGGAGGUGCCUUUGUGAGACGAAGCAGGGCUUCCCUAAACUACAUAAGUUGGCUCUUGGCGAGUCAUGAUGUGGAUGUCUACGCGCUAUACAAUGGCUCGGUGCAAUACACGGAAGCGACAGAACCCACUGUGCAGAACUUUGCACGCAAUCACAGCUUGGGCAGCAGCUUGGCAUACUGGAGCUUUUCCUUGGUCUUCACGGCUCGCAUCGACUCCUUCAUGUCCUAUGCUAUGGAUCAGACAACACUUCCAUCUUCGAGUGGGCGAGACGCUUACAGCCGUCUGAAGCAUAGCGUUAUUCCACGUGAUGGUAUCGUCCAGGUUCUCCUGUAUCCUCACCGCGACGGGCGACUUCUGCACGAUCACGCCGGCGAGCGCGGCGCGGACCCGCCAGAGACGACGCGCAAGACAAAGCCCAUGCGCUCUGUAUCUGCCGCCGCGGAGAAGUCGACUCUCGGGCUGGGCACGGAAGGCGGGGGACGUACGGCCUAUGCCGGAGGAGACGCCCUUUGGGAGAGCGGAGGCCAGGAUGACGGCGCGGACGGACGGAGAGCGGGCGAUGCUGCGAAGCUCGAGGAGAGCAUCACCAGGGAUGAGCUCGGAGACGUUGAUGUGCUGGCGGGACAGCGCGCUCAACGUUGA